UUCUAGUUUUUAUUAUGUUGAAAGUAUUUAAUUCUUUAAUUUAAGGGUCUUCUCUUUAAUGGGAGGACAAAAAAAAGGAAGCUGCCAUUCCUGUCACAGGGAAUUAAAAGGAGGUGCACUGACUCGUGAAGUAAAGAGCCUUCUGUUUGAGUAGACUCUGUAAAUGUAAAUUAAAGAAAGGUUCAGAAGAGGGAGGAAGGAAGGCAUUUCUGGUGGAGGACUUAAAAUUCUUUCUUGAAAAGGGUCACCUUGCCUUUUGAAUUGGUGCUCUGUUGAGUGGCAUCCGAAGAAAACAGCCCUGUUGAGACCAGCUGCAAUGCAACUGGCUGGUGAGGGUUGAAGGGUGCCCCCCCCUUUGGCUGCAUCUGCCACACCCAUAGGACACAGCACGACACAUUCUCUGUACCUCAAGAGGGCCAUCAUGGAAGGAACAGCAGCAGCCCCUGCCCCAUGUUGGAGUGGGGGAGGAGGCAGCAGUGGCAGAGCCCGGAGGCAACGGCGUUGCUCACGGCGGGACCGUGAGAGUCGCUGCACUCGCCGCAGAGGGAGCCGUCCCGGGGAUGUUUCUCAUCGGGGACUUUCAUCGUCGUCGUCUUCAGGAUCGGACAGUGAAGGGCCCUCUCCUCCUGCCCCUGUGGCGCCUGGCAAAGCUCGCCCCCUGCAGCAGCAACGCCGACGCCGUCGGCCCCUGCGACGGCGGAAGAGAGCCUCUGGAUCUUCCUGUAGUCGUGAGGAGGAGGAGGAGGAAGAGGAAGAAGAGGAUCUUAUUGAUGGCUUUGCCAUUGCCAGCUUUGUCAGCCUGGAGGCACUUGAGAAGGAUGCGACCUUGAAGACCCCAGAGCGGCUGGAGCUUCGGAUGAAGCAGUCCGGAAAAAGGAAGCGGGGCGAGGGGAACAACUCUGAGCCAGAAGACGACGAUGGGAGUUCAGAAAAGGGUCGCAGCCGAGGCUGCGGUGGGGAGAGAGCACUGAGAAAACGUAGCAAGAGGCGGCGCAAAGAGCCUUCUUUCCAAUCCUUCCUGGAAACUGGAUCCAUAUGUGAUACAGAAAGUGACCCAGAGGAGCAGGCCUCCGUUGAUGACCUCGAACAGUCAUUCACUGUCUCAACCAGCAAAGCCUCGGGACCCAUUGGUGCAUUAAACGGGAGCUGUGAAGCCAAACUCUCUGUGAUCCCUAAAGUCUCUGGCCUCGAGCGGAGCCAGGAGCGUAACUACGAGGCCGACCGGGACCCCUUGAUAGUGCCUUUCCUGCCCAAGGAGCCCCCUUCUCAGGCAGCUGUGGCCCCCGUUCCAACUCAAGCCUUGCCUCCCAGUCCGCCUGCCCCACCUUCCACAAGGACUCGGGCUCAGACGCCUAAUACUGUUCAUGGGACACCCCAGCCCAAAGGCCAGCCGCCUCCGAUGCCUCAGGGGGGGUCAGUCCCCCACAACCUCACACAGAACCAGCUGCACAUGAAGGUACCAACCUUUGCCAGCCAGACACAGUACCCUGUAGGGCUGGACCUCAGCACCGGAGGGUGCAGCCGUGGUGCAGCUCACCCCAAGCCUAUCCUCCCCCCGUGCUCCCCCUCUUCCUCUCAGCUCCCUCACCGACCCUCCACCCCGUCACUGGCCCUCCCUCCCCAUGCCUUUCCACCCUCCCUUCGCCCCCCUUCCCAUCACCACCCCGGUAUGUUCACCCCCUCGCCUGGCCUCCCGCCACCACCCCCGCUGCUUCAAGUUGCUGGGCACCCAGCUGCAGCUGCUGCCAUAUCUGAACAAGAACUAAUCCGACAAGACUUGAGCUCGCGAUUCUUGGCAGGGCAAGGUGGGCCUGAGAUGGCAGCUGCCGCCAUCCGCCCACUGGCCUUCCAGUUCCACCAACACAACCACCAGCACCAACACACCCACCAACACACCCACCAGCACUUCACCCCUUUCCCCCCAGGCAUGGUGCCUGCGCCCAGCCCAGCCAUGUUUGAGAAGUACCCUGGCAAGAUGGAUGGGCUCCUGAGGCAUAAUUUUUAUGCCGCAUUCCCCCCAACCGUGUCGGGGAUCCCCCCGGUCCUGCCUCCCGCUGUGACUUUUGGCUCCUUGCAGGGGGCGUUCCAACCUAAGAGCACUAAUCCUGACCUGCCAUCCCGUCUGGGCGCUGUCCCACCAAGCUUGUCUCAGAAAGGGACCCAGCUCACAGAUCCUUUCAGGCCUGCGCUGAGAAAGCCCGGGAAGUGGUGCGCCAUGCAUGUCCGUGUGGCAUAUAUGAUCCUGCGGCACCAGGAGAAGAUGAAGGUAGGGUGGGCCUGUGCUGCCUCCCCCCUCCGCCUGCAUCCCAUGAUGGGGAGUGGCUCAGCUCCUGCAGGUGGCUGCCAGAGGGUCACUGCAAGCAAUGGGAGAGGCCUCUCCUCUUCUGCUCUUCUGAUGUCCAUGCCGGCCCCUGGAUGCAAGUCAGGGUUUGGUGACGCCCCAAAAUUGGAUUUCCGGAAUGACCUCCUGACCUGCCUGCCCGGCACUGGAGCCUUUGGCAGCCUUCCCCACAGCCAGGAGCUGGCACGUCCCGCCACCCUCUUCACAACAGCUGGUGCUGUCCACCCAGGGAGUGGCUCGUCUUUUGGUCCUGCCAGCACUCCCCACGGUUCCUUCCUCAGCCCCAGCCCCCACAUUGAUCCCUUUGGCAGACCUGCAAGCUUUGCCUCCCUGGGAGCACUCUCCAACGGAGCUUUUGGGGGCUUGGGCAACCCAUCUUUCAACCCAGCCUCUGUCUUUGGGCAAAAGGACAGCCCUGGAGCUCCAGCUUACCCCAGCCCCCAUGAAGCAUGGAACCGCCUGCACCGCACGCCACCUUCCUUCCCCACGGCCCCACCCUGGCCCAAAGGUGGCACUGGAGACGGGGCUGAGCGUGGGGGUAGCCAGCAUGACAAGGAGAGCGAGAAGCCAGAAGGGCCAGUGAUCAAGGACGAAAAGGACAGAGACGCCCUCUUCUCCCGCCAUCCACUGCGUGCCUCUCCAGCUACGCCCACCCCAAAGAACCCAGCACUGGCCCACGAGGAGCCUCCGGGCCGCCCUCACGGGGCAGCAGAGCGUGAGCACCGCUAUGGAAGCCCAGCAAGCUCCAGUCAUGCCUCCCGCUCACCCUAUCCGGAGCCGCCUCUGAAGAAGGAAGUGAAAGUGAAGGAAGAGCCGGAGCUGACGGGGUUUGAGGGAGCGCUGCGUGCGGGGGCCUCCUUUCACAGCACCCUCCAUGUCUCCCACCCGCUGGGGACACUGGCUGUGUUUGAGCGCCCCCAGGCCGGGACUGGCGGAAGCGUCUCCCCAUACUUGGUAGCCGGCCCGCCUCCGGCCGCCUCCUAUGCCGCACUCGAAGCCUGGCGUGAGCCCUACCACCGGGGUCUGGAGUUGCACCCGCUACAGCGCUUGCCCCGCUUUCUGGAGACCCCAUCGCCUGCCGCCGCCACUGCUGAAGAGUAUGAACGGGCCCGGCUCUACGGCCUGCCCCCCCCAACCCACGCCAGCCUCAUGGCUUAUCCCAGACACCAGAAUGGGCUGCUGGCGAAAGCCACCCCAACGGCUGCCGCCACCGCUGUGGGACUACUGAGCGCCCCUCCGCCUCUCAUCCCAGCUUCAAAUGCCCGGCCCUGUUCCCCUAGGCGUGCCCCGGACAUCCGGGAACUGGCAGCCGCCUACAAGGACCGGGACUCCAGAUAAUGGUGCUACAGUGGGGCCCUGGAACAUGAGUACCUGCACCAAGCAGCUUCCCUUGUCUCCAGCCUGGGCCCUGGCCAGAGAUGUAGACCCCCUUCCACAUUAUUGGGACUUGACGUCUGGCCUCCUGCCACCUUCGCCUGAGAGGAAGGCUGCCGCCGCCACCCCAGAAGGACUUGGCUCCCUUCAGCUCUGAGCAUUGGGGGACCCUUCCUGCCCCAGACAAAAAGACUUAAGGAAAGUAGUCUCGUGGAAGUGUUGGGGGUGGUGGAGGAGUGGGGCGAGAGUCCAGGCUUGGGAGGCCCUUAGUUUUUGUCUCCGGCUUUCUUUCAAAGCUCCCUUUGCCCAGCUGUGGGAAUCAUUAAACGAUUUGGUGUCUGCUUCCAGCAUCCCUGCUGGGCUGAAAUUAACGUUGGGGUGUGUUCUCCCUCCCUCCGUGGACUGAGGGGAAGGCUGCUUUCAGGGGAAGGGGGGACUGUAUCUUGGGGCACCUCCCCCCCACCAGGCAGUGUACAUAUUUAUAUAUUCUGCCCCUGGCAGGUGGGGAAAGGUUUUUGUACAUUUAUAAAAGGUUUGAGAUUGUGAUUUUAAAAGUGACUCUGCUCCCUCUUCUCCUUCCUUCUGGCUCCCCUUGUUUUUACUGUACUGCUCUUUUCUAUACCUGUAUCCGAUCCCUCCUCCUCUCUUCCCCCGUCCUUCUGUAAUUGAUCGGAAAGGUGCAGCAGGGAGGGUGCCACGCAUCUGCCCACUGCCCUUUCCUCCCCAGGUUGGUUAAUUA